AUGGUCAAUGCGGACAUUCUGCGAACGGCGUGCCAUCACGACGUCUGUCAACAUUGUUACGACAUGGCAAGCAGAAAUGAAACCCGACAAAUUCGAGCUUUAGACCUCAAAGAAUUUCAGAGAGAAGAUGUCGUUCCAGCACUUGGAUGUUCUGAAUUAAUGGUGGACGAAGAAGAUUUAGUUUGUGAAGGACCGUGCAAGCAACCGCUGGUUUUCGAUAAGACAAUCAUUAUUCCGUGUUGUGGGGCAAAAAUGUGUGAGGAUUGUGGCACAAAAUGGACGAAUGGAAGAGAUUUCUGUGAUGCGGGGAAGUGUGUCGUAAAAGAGUCGAGCAAGAAGAAAAAAGCUCCAGAUAUGUCUCGCCAACCAUGCAUGGGAUCGAUGAGUUGUGAACAAGAGGUCUUGCGCAAUUUUCCAUCUGAAUUCGAAUGUGAUCAUGAUGUAUGUGUUCAAUGUAUUGGAACAAUGCUUGAUGAGUGUGAAAAAAGUGGAAAAUCACCAAUGUGUCCGGCAAAGACGUGUGGAAUCCCAUAUCGAUGUGAGAGUGUUCUAGCACUGGCCGCACAGUUUCCGGAGAGAAAAGGCUUCUUCUCAAAGUUCACUCUCCAGGCCAAGUUUUCAAUGCAAACUUUGAGAGAUGAUUCUAUUUCGAAUGUGCUGCAUGGAAGCCUAAACGCAAUGACCGGUCAGAAAUUUUCCUUGAAGAUUGGUCAAUGUGAUGACGAUGAUGGCGGAAUGCCUCUGGAAUACGUGCGCGGAGGGUCGCUUGGCGACUUGAUCAGAGAAAUUCGAAGAGUUCUAAAAAUCUUCGCAACGGACAAGAUUUAUGGGUACUAUCGUGUGGAUGAUGGAAAGAAGAAAACGCUAGAUGUAUCAAAAGAGACCAUCCGCUCAUCUUGUGCUGCCCUCAACAUCAACGAAAACACAACCAUCCUCGUGGACACGACAGGCAUUGUUGCGAGACCCAAAAAGCAAUAG